CUAUUAGGUGUACCAUAUGAAAUGCAAGAAAAACUAAAUGGAUUAUUUAUAAAAUAUGUUCCCGCCUUAAUUGAUUUUGUAUUCGAUGGAAUUAUACCAACGUCAUUAACUCGACUAUUGGGUGCAAAUCGAGCAUUUACUGGUGCUGAUGGUGGUAGCGUCGGUGGAGCUGGCACAAAUGGUGAAAAAAGUCAUGAACCAACAAAACUUGAAGAAAGUAAACAAAACUUCAAUCCAAAAUCAAAACAAAAACUUGUUUUACCAUUGGUUAAAAUGAAUUUAAUUGUACAGCUGUGUACUAUCCUAAGAAGUCAAUUAGACGUGGGUUGUAUACCUGGUAAAGAAUUAGAUAUUUUAGAGAAACAAGAGGCAAAAACUUCACUAGUAUUAAGCGA